AUGUCUGAGAAACAGAAACAAAAAGUAGACCCAACAAGCUCGUUCAUUGCCGGUGCACUUGCUGGUGCAAUUGAAGGUUCAAUAACCUAUCCAUUUGAAUUUGCGAAGACGAGGUUGCAAUUGAGUUCUAAAGCUGUUAAUGUGACAAAAAAUCCAAUUAAAUUAUUGUAUCAGAUUGGCAGAUUUCAAGGUAUUGGGGCCAUGUACAUAGGGUGUCCCGUUUUCAUUGUUGGCAAUACUGCCAAAGCUAGUAUACGGUUUCUUGGUUUUGAUAUGAUUAAAGAUAUGUUAAAAGAUCCUCUUACCGGGGAAGUUAGUGGGCCAAGAGGUGUCAUUGCCGGUUUAGGGGCAGGGUUGAUGGAGAGUGUCUUUGCCGUGACACCUUUUGAACAUGUUAAGACUUUGAUGAUUGAUGAUAAACGUUCUCCUACCCCAAAAUAUUCGAAUAAUGGUAAGGGCGUUCUACGGAAUUAUGGGAAUUUACUUCGUGCAGAGGGCUUACGAGGUCUGUAUAGUGGUGUCAUUCCAGUUUCGAUGAGACAAGCAGCUAACUCCGCUGUCCGUCUGGGCUGUUACAAUAAAAUCAAAACAAUAGUGCAAAAAUAUACAAGUACUCCUGUUGACAAACCUUUAUCCUCUGGCUUGACUUUUGUCGUGGGUGCCUUUAGUGGAAUCGUGACAGUAUACUCGACGAUGCCCAUUGAUACUGUCAAGACAAGAAUGCAAAGUUUGGAGCAUUCAAAAUAUAAAAAUACAUUGGAUUGUUUUGUUAAAGUUUACAAGAAUGAAGGUUUAAAGAUAUUUUGGAAAGGUGCAACUCCUAGACUAGGGAGAUUAAUAUUAAGUGGUGGUAUUGUAUUUACUGUCUAUGAAAAAGUACUGGAUGUGCUAAAAUAG